AAUGACGAUUCGAACUCUGGCUACACCACUCACUCAAGGACCCUUUGACAGUCUGCAGUUCCCUUUAUCAUAGACAGGCAAGAUGAGAAUCAAUCACUGCUUCUUCUGCUCGAGCCCGGUCUACCCGGGCAACGGCAUCAUGUUCGUUCGCAACGAUGCCAAGCAACUCAUCUUCUGCAGGUCCAAGUGCCACAAGAACUUCAAGAUGAAGAGGAACCCCAGGAAGGUCAAAUGGACCAAGGCUUUCAGAAAGGCUGCCGGAAAGGAGAUGACGGUGGACUCGACGCUGGAGUUUGAAAAGCGUCGCAACGUGCCAGUGCGAUACUCGCGCGAGCUGGUGCAACAAACACUAAAGGCGAUGGAGCGCAUCGCCGAAAUCCGAGCCAGGCGAGAGAAUGCCUUUUACAAGGCGCGCAUGCUCAAGGCCAAAGGAGGCGCAGCUGCUCGUCAAGAGAAGGAUCGCUUGGAGGUGCACAAGAACAGGCAUUUGCAAGGUGCCCUCGGAGCGGACAGGAAACGCUUGGCUGCGCAAAAGGAAAAGUUGGAGAGGAUCAAGGUGCAGAACAAGGCCAGAAAUGCGGCCAAGAAGAGCGCUCUGACACAGGGGAGCGGCCAGGCCAUGACUAUGCAGGUCGAUUAAAAUCGAGCAUGCAGUCGUCUCGGCAACUCGUCACCGUGUUCAAGACUCUUUGUACUUGUAUCCAUUCACGACUUUCAGCAAAUGCAGUCUCCGCGUGCGCUUCAUGACUCUC